UGAGGCGCCGUUUGGGUCAAAAUUAAACUUUGCACAUGAUAAAUAUUAUUCCAUAUUAUAUAUAAAAUUUUGCAUGCGAUAUAAAAUAUUUGUAGUUUGGUGAAAUGGCGCGAUAUAAUGAGGGCGCUAGUACUAGCGCGCAGGACGUAAACAAAACACAGUUCCCGCGACUUUCAGUGAUCAGCUGUUUCGUAAUUUCGUGGUGCACGUUAACGUUAUAUUUUCAAAUAGGAAGUUUGCAGGACAAUGCUUUAAUAAUUCAUGAUUAAAAUAUGUUGUAUGUGCUAAUUGUUGUUACCUAUGAAACUAUCGUACAUUCGUACACAAAAGUAAUUUGAUUGAUUUGAUUGUCAGUAGAUUUUAAAUGUGAACAGUGUGAUAACGUAACUAUAAUUCUAAUUUUGCAAGGCCUGUAAAAAAUACCACCUUAUCUAAAGUUUUAUUUAAAUAAAUACAAGCUGUACCAUUAUUAGUCAUUUAUGAAAAUUGUACCUAGGUAUAGUUACAAAGGUUAUGCCAUGCACACUGAAUCAAGGUAAUCUAAGCACUUGAUCCAAUUUUCGAAUAGAUCUGGUAAAAUGGUGCUAUAGUACAAUUUUCGUAAAUGCACUGAUCUGAUUGGUUGCUUGGUUUGGUUUGGUAAUUAUCAAAAUAAGAUCUCAAGCCUAGUUCUUUCAACCAACUAGUACAAAAGAUGAAUAUUGCCGAAUAUUUUGAAGAUUUCAUAUCUGAUUAUGAAAAAUGCUACCGACAACAGUAUGACCAAGAUAUUAGGCUUGUGGACGAAUAUAUAUUGAUUCUUGAAAAUCAUCAUUUCGUAUUAAACGCAUUGUCGGAAAAUGUUCAAAAUGAACCAGUAAAAGAGAAACUUGAUCAAAUGCAAAUGGCAGUAUGGAGUCUGUAUUCCAAAUUAGAAACUUUAUUUGAAGACAGGCCAAGUAGUGACCCUCAACACACACGUUAUACACCAACAAGUGUACGAAAUGGCAGUGUUGGGAGACCAAAAGUUGGUAUAACUUCUGAGCAAAUAUCUCUCUUGCGAAACGGAGGUUGUACAUGGACGGACAUUAGCCGUAUGAUGGGAAUAUCCCGAAGAUCUCUAUACAGAUAUAGAGAAAUAUUUAAUUUAAACAAACGACUUAUAGAUGACGAGGAAUUAAAGGCAACUAUUCAGGAAAUUCUAAGGCUAACUCCUGGUGCUGGAGAAGUGUACAUUUUGGGAUCUUUGAAGGGAAAAAAUUGUGAUGUGCCUAGAUGGAGAGUUCGUGAGCAUCUGAAGGAAUUGGAUGCAACAGGAAGAGCAUUUAGAAAAAGAAAAACCAUAACCAGAAGGAUUUAUCAUGUAAAAGGGUCAAAUUAUUUAUGGCAUAUGGACUCCAAUCACAAACUAGUCAGUUUCCGUUUUGUGUUCCAUGGCUGCAUAGAUGGAUAUAGUCGUUUAAUUAUUUAUUUGGAGUGCAAAGACAAUAAUAAAGCUAAUACUGUUUUAUCAUUAUUUGAAAAUGGAACUGCAAAAUAUGGAUUACCUAGCAGAGUGCGUGCAGAUAGAGGAACAGAAAAUGUGGAAGUGGCAAAUUUUAUGAUUACCAGGAGAGGACUCAAUCGAGGAAGCUUUAUUACUGGAAGGAGCGUUCACAACCAAAGGAUUGAACGUUUGUGGUCAGAAGUUAAUAGAAUUGUCUCAAAACAAUUUAAGCAAUUAUUUUGGUAUAUGGAGGAAGAAAAUUUGCUAGAUGAACAAAAUGAAAUUGAUCUCUUUUGUUUACAUUAUGUUUACUUACCACGAAUACAACGUUCUUUACAAGAGUUUGUUAAUCAAUGGAAUUUUCAUAAGUUGAGUACUAUGAAAUCACAUAGUCCUAUACAAUUGUGGAAUACAAGUUAUAUAGAAGGUUGCAAUUAUUUAUUGGAGGAAGACCCUAAUUAUCUGGAAUGUGGAGAGUUAUAUGGUGUUGAUGAAAGUGACCCACUUCCAACAUUUGUAACAGAAAAUAAUGUUGUAGUUCCAGACUUUGAUAUCAUACUGAGUCCUCAACACUUAUCUGAAAUUGAAAAUGCAGUGCCUGAUCCACUGAUAGAGGAUGGUUAUUAUGGAAUAGCCCAUUAUAUAACUGUUAAACAAAUUAUUCAAAAUGCAAUGGAUAACCCUAUGUAACUAUGUUAGAAAAUAUGUGUAGUAUGUUGUCCUAGUUGUUGUGUAACUUGUCGAAGCACUGUUGUAUGAUAAAUAAAGGCUGAAAAAUCUGA